GCUCGUUAUUGGAGGCGGGGACUGUCAAUCCGCGGCCGUUCGAGCCCCACUCUCCGGCGAGCCGCUUCCGAGCGCUGAUUGUGGAGCUGAGGCCGGCUGCAAUGGGAAGCGGCGGCGGAGGGAACAAAGUUUGCAAGACUCGGCCGCUGGACUGCUCGCGGCCGUGAUGCCCGGGGCAGGAACGGGUGCCUAAAAGCAGCGGGCAGCCCGCCGGUUGGCACGCCUUGCGGGCUGCUGUCGCCACUGCUAUCGCAAAGUUUCAGCUAUUGGAAUGUACUAAAAUCCAGGAUUCUAAUUAUCAACCCUCCCCACCCCCACCUCUGCUUCUAGGAUUUUUGGAGCUAUAUGGAGCGAUCUCAGGAUGGUGUGCACCAGGAAAACCAAAACUUUAGUGUCCACUUGCGUGAUUUUGAGUGGAAUGACUAACAUCGUCUGCCUGCUGUACGUGGGCUGGGUCACCAACUACAUUGCCAGUGUUUAUGUGAAAGUGCAGGAGCCGAUCUCGGAAAAAAAGUUAGAGGAAGACAAAGGGGACACUUUAAGGAUUAUAGAAAGGCUGGACCAUUUGGAAAAUGUCAUCAAGCAGCACAUACAAGAAGCUCCACCAAAACUGGAAGAAAAUCCUGCUGAGGCAUUUACUGACUCAUCUCUCUUUGCUCACUGGGGCCAGGAUCUCAGUCCUGAAAACAGACGUAUUGCACUUAAACAAUUUCAGUAUUACGGCUACAAUGCUUACCUGAGUGAUCGCCUGCCACUGGACAGGGCCCUGCCUGACCUUAGACCUAAUGGGUGCAGAAACCUAACAUUUCCUGACAGACUUCCAGAGGUCAGCAUUGUAUUCAUAUUUGUUAACGAAGCUCUCUCGGUGAUUCUGCGCUCUAUUCAUUCUGCCAUUGACCGGACUCCUGCUCACCUGCUCAAAGAGAUUAUUUUAGUUGAUGAUAACAGUAAUAAUGAAGAACUCAAAGAGAAACUAAAGAAGUAUGUUGAUGAAGUGAAUGCUCGGAAGCCUGGUUUCAUCAAGGUUGUUCGACACAGCAAACAAGAGGGGCUGAUUCGAUCUCGAGUUAGUGGAUGGAGAGUAGCCACAGCACCAGUAGUUGCUCUCUUUGAUGCCCAUGUGGAAUUCAAUGUGGGAUGGGCUGAACCAGUGCUCACUAGGAUAAAGGAAAACAGAAAAAGGGUCAUUUCUCCAUCAUUUGAUAACAUUAAGUAUGAUAAUUUUGAAAUAGAAGAAUAUCCCCUUUCAGCACAAGGGUUUGACUGGGAGCUAUGGUGCCGCUAUCUGAACCCUCCUAAGUCAUGGUGGAAACUGGAGAACACAACUGCUCCAAUAAGAAGUCCUGCAUUGAUUGGGUGCUUCAUAGUAGACAGAGAAUAUUUCCAAGAGAUUGGCUUACUAGAUGAAGGCAUGGAAGUAUAUGGAGGGGAGAAUGUGGAGCUUGGAAUCAGGGUGUGGCAGUGUGGAGGGAGUGUUGAAGUUCUACCUUGCUCAAGGAUUGCCCACAUUGAAAGAGCACAUAAACCGUACACAGAAGAUCUAACUGCUCAUGUCCGGAGAAACGCACUAAGAGUGGCUGAAGUCUGGAUGGAUGAAUUUAAGAGCCAUGUCUAUAUGGCAUGGAACAUACCCCAGGAGGACUCUGGAAUUGAUAUUGGUGAUAUUUCUGAGAGGAAGGCCCUGAGGAAGAAGCUCCAGUGCAAGACCUUUAGGUGGUAUCUUGUCAGUGUGUAUCCAGAAAUGAGAAUGUAUUCAGAUACUGUCGCCUAUGGGGUGCUGCAGAAUUCCUUGAAAAGUGAUUUGUGCCUUGAUCAAGGGCCAGACACAGAGAAUAUCCCAAUCAUGUAUAUCUGCCAUGGAAUGACACCACAGAAUGUUUAUUACACAAGCAAUCAGCAGCUCCAUGUGGGUGUUCUGAGUCCCACUAUCGACGAUGAUGACAACAGAUGCCUGGUGGAUGUGAACAGCAGGCCCAGGCUCAUUGAAUGCAAUUAUGCCAAAGCCAAGAGAAUGAAGCUUUACUGGCAGUUUACUCAGGGAGGUCCAAUCCAGAACCGAAAAUCCAAGCGCUGCCUGGAAUUGCAAGAAAACAAUGAAAAUGAAUUUGGAUUUCAACUUGUCCUACAGAAAUGCACUGGACAGCGUUGGUCUAUAACAAAUGUCUUGAAAAGCUUGUCAUCAUAGCAGACUAUUUUUUUUUUACCCAUUUCUCUUGCUACUGUGUAGCAAAUACUGCAUUGUUGCCUGCUGUACUGUAUUUCCUAUCUCACUCUCCUUCCCAGUUUCUUCUCUCCCCUCCUUUCUGUCCCUUUGAUUUUAUUUUGUGAGUGUGUGGAAAUUGGGUUUGUGGGCUGAAAAUAGACAUUUUUAAUUUACAAUUAUGUUUUCAUGGCAUUUAUAGAGGUGUUGAGUAGGCUAUCCUAAAAUAUUUUACAACUGUAAAUAGAAAACAAAUGGAGAAUAUUUAUAACUCAAACUUUUAUUGAAUAAAAAAGUCCAAACACUA